CUAAUGAGAGGAGUCAUUUCCAUAUUUGAUCAACGCUUAAAAUCAAAAGGUGAAAAAUCUCCAUGUGGCUCGAAUACAGUUCACUGGAAAAGCAAUGAUCGACGAUGUAAUUCUGUCUUCAAGUGCUCACGAAUCUCACUUUUUCUCUGCUGUUCGUUGGUUAGUUGAUAAUCAAGAUGAUUCAGGGGGAUGGCCAAUUAGUACAACUCGAAAACUCUCUAACGGGGCCUUAACAUUGAAUCCUGGCUGGUACUCGGCAAUGGCUCAAGGACAAGCGAUCUCCCUAUUAACCCGAAUGUAUCAUCAUGUCGGCGAUCAAGUCUAUUUGAAAAUUGCGAUUGGAUUAUUUAAUGUUACCUCUGAUAAAGGAGGAUUUCGAACUUAUUUUCUCGAUAAAUAUCCUUGGUAUGAAGAAUAUCCAACAAUUCCAAGUAGUUUCGUUCUAAAUGGUUUCAUCUAUUCAUUGUUUGGUUUAUACGAUUUAAAGAUGAGCUGUACCGGAACAUGUCCAUUAGCGGAGAAAUAUUUUAACGAAGGAAUCCAAUCACUGAAACAUUUAUUGUCCCUUUUCGAUACUGGAUCGGGGACACUUUACGAUUUACGACAUUUCACCCUAAAAACUGAACCCAAAAUCGCUCGAUGGGACUACCAUACAACUCACAUUAAUCAACUUUUAUAUCUAAAUACUCUUUUAAAUAAUCACAAUUAAUUUAUUUUCUCUCACCAGUA